AUGAGGCUGGCGGCGUUGCCGGAGCCCCGACAGUCCUCCCCGAGGUGGAGGGUGAGGACGAAGACGACGUGCUGCUGGUGCGGCGACCAAGAGCGCCAGCAGCAGCGGCCACCUCCGCAACGGCCGCAGGCGCCUCGGUGCCUUCUGCAGCAACCGGGGCUGUGGCAACUCCGCAAGAGUCCGCGGUACCGCACAAGGGGAAUCUUCACCGGCUACUCUCUGAAGCUCAACUCCCCAAGGGACAGCGCUCCGGCCAGAGCCGGCAAGAGGGGGAGAACUGACACCGCACCCGCCGCGCCUAGCAAGAAGCCGCGCACCCGGGCCAGCGUUGGUGCCAGCCAGGCCAACAUGCGGGCCAGCGGCGCCGCUACUACGCCAGCCACCGACCCGGUCCCAGAGGAGGAGGAGCCAACAGUAGGUUCCAAUGCGCCCGCCACGGGGGCGGAUGAUACGGUGAUUGACCUCACCUCCGACGUCGAGGACGCGGAGCUGAGGGACGAGCCGGAGGCGGCUCCCGCGCAAAGCCCCGCCGCCCCAGAUACGACGGUGGUGGCACCCACCGCCACUACCGGAGUAGGGCUCGAUGGCGCGUCCCUGGCCCCGCAGGCCGGGGGCGCGGACCCUGCGGCCGCUCAGCAGGAGGCGACUCCUACCGGGGGCGUGGCCCCCCCCCACCAGACCUGCAACCCGCCGGCGCGGGGGUGGAGGAAGACGUGGCUGGGGAGCAGCACGCGGCUCCCCUGCAAGGGGACGAUGCUCUCCCCGGCCAGACCAGGGCAGUGGGGGUCUCACCCUCGUCCGCCGCUACUUCCAGCCCGGACCUCGGCGUCCUUGCCGGGGCGACUUGGGACCCAAUCACCUGGGACACAAGACAUGAAUGGGAAGCCAGGUCCAAGUGUCUGGCAGCUGAGCAAGCCCAACGUUGGUCAAAAUCCGGUGCUAAGAAGGGUCUAA